GUUGCUUACGACUAGGCAGCUCACUGUUUAAUCCAAAAUUAUCAAAGUAGCUCAACACAAUAAAAAGGUUGGCGACCACUGAUCUAGACGUUGGUUUGUGGCAGGUCUUCAACCAUCAAAGACCAAAAUCUAGCCCAUCCUGUUUAAAUCAGAAUUCGUGAUUGCCAACUAUUCGCGUAAAUCUCGACACAGCGAAAGCUGUACUCACUCUUUCAAUAAAAAAGAUAAAAAAACUAAAAAUUAUUUUUUGUUUCAGAUUCUAGUGCUCUGAGAGAUGCUUCCUGUCCCAGAAUUUGUAAAGAAAAUGCUUACGGUGAUCCAGUAUGUGGCAGUGACGGUGUCAUAUAUCCUAACAUAUGUGAAAUGAGGAAGAAAACAUGUGGCAAAGGAGUAACAUUGACCGAAGAUCACACUCUGUGCCUGAGGUCAUCAGGCUCCAAAUGUGAACACAGAUGUGGUAGCGAAAAAGACCCUGUAUGUGGCACUGACGGAAGAACAUACCUCAACAGGUGUAUGCUGCAAGUAGAAGUCUGCAGGUUAGGAAUAGACCUUUCCCACGUAGGUCCAUGCAACAAUAUAAGCGCUCAUAGAGAAAAUUGUCCUGUAGAUUGUGAACAAGCUCCAAGGGAUGGACCGGUUUGCGGCAGUGAUGGAAAUGUAUACAAAAGUACCUGCCAUAUGAAGCUGCUAACGUGUGGGCAGGGUGUAGUAAGAACCAACAAGAAAUACUGUCAAACCACCAGGCAUUGCCGAGAAUCUUGCUGGAGGAACGCAAAGCCAGCAUGUGGUUCAGACGGAAAAGUAUACGCCAACGUUUGUAGAAUGAAGUCCAAAAACUGUGGAAAGCAUGUGUUCGAAGUUCCAAUGGCCUACUGCGCUAGUCAAGAAAGAACAUCGCACGGAAGUACUUGUCCAACAGGAUGUAAAAGUGAACCUGAGAAGCCCACUUGUGGAUCUGACGGAUAUAUCUACAGAAGCGAGUGCGAACUGAAACUGUUGAACUGUGGAUCUAACAGAAGAGUGUCGAAGGUAGACUACGAUAAAUGCAGAAACCGACUAGCUAAAUGUUUGAAAAUCAAAUGCAGCAACGAUCCAGAUCCAGUUUGUGGAACAGAUGCCAGAACGUACACUAAUCAGUGCCAGUUGAAUUUAGCCACAUGUUUGAAAGGGGUACAAUUCGCACAUGUAGGAAACUGUACUAAGCUAAAAGAACAAGAACCAUGUCCAACCGACUGUGAUAAUGAAACUGGAGAUCAACCAGUGUGUGGUUCAGAUGGCAAUGUAUACAAAUCAAACUGCCAUUUAAAAAAAGAAACCUGUGGACAACUAGUGAUUCAAGUACCAUUACAUCACUGCAGAACAACCGCACUGUGUCAACAAGAUUGUGCAGAAGACAGAAACUUUGUCUGUGGUUCUGACAACAAAAUUUACAAGAAUGAGUGUGAGAUGAAAAGGACGAACUGUGGAAAACACAUCUACGUGGUACCAAUGAAAAGAUGUAUAGCAGGAUUCCAGUUCAAAGGUUGCGCAAAGUUCUGCCCAACAUACUACGAUCCUGUAUGUGGGACUGACAAUAUGACGUAUAGCAACUCCUGCUUCUUAGAGAUGGAGAGCUGUAGAAGCAGAUCAUUGGUAGCUUUGAAGCACAUGGGGACAUGCGCGGAACCAAUCAAUGAGAUUCCUAAGAACUACUUGUAUUAGGACAUCUACUAAUAGGAGUUGAAUGAAAUAUUUUAGGGAAAGCGUUAGAUUCUCUUCAAAACUGCCCUGUAUAUAUUUUCAUUGGUUGUCAGCAGAAGGUUGUAGCUGAUGAUUUGAUUAAAAAAUGGGAGCUAAACUACUUGCCGGUUAGGAAGAAAUACAUGAUGAACGCAACAAAUAUUACUAUCAAUGACUGUCUUUACUUUCUACAGGGUUACUAGUAAUUGGCCAUAUUAUAUCCAGGGGGUGAUAGGGGACUCAAAAUGCAACAAAUUUUACUAUAUAAAUGAAUGGACAAAAUUCAAUGGAUCUCUAAGUCUUUCAAUUUCUGUGAUUUGUUUGCUAUCACCCGAAAUUCAAUUGGUUUUUGGCAGUGAAAUGAAUGCUGAACGAAAAAUAAAAUUGUUCGCUUUCAGCUUUCCCUAAAGCAAAAUUGUGUAUAGCUGUAAAAACUAGUAGUACAUGGAGCGUAGACAUAUAAAAACUUGCGCUUUCAGAAAAGGCAUAGAAUACCAGCGUGAAA